AUGCCAGCCAAGUCACAACAAGAUUGGGAAGUAGAUUUCAAUCCAGAUGUUCAAGCAGAUUCUCAAAUUAACUACGACGAUGCCAUAGAUUAUUGGUCAAGUACCCCAGCAACUGUCAAUGGGGUAUUGGGUGGAUAUGGUGAACAAACAUCUGUUCCUAAAGCUGACAUUGUUGGAUCUUCUACUUUUUUACGUAAAUUACAAACCAGAAUGACUAUUCCAGAAGGUGUUCCUAAAAUCACCAUAGAUAUGGGUGCUGGUAUAGGUAGAAUCACUCGUGAUUUAUUAUGGAAAAUAAGUGAUCGUGUUGAUUUACUAGAGCCAGUUAAACCAUUUGUAGCACAAAUGGAAAAUGAAUUAGUUGGAGUUAGAAAUAAAGGAAGAUUAGGCCAAAUUUAUGAUAUUGGUAUGCAAGAUUGGAUUCCAGAUAAACAAUAUUGGUUGAUCUGGUGUCAAUGGUGUGUUGGACAAUUACCGGAUGAUGUCUUGGUUGAAUUUUGGAGAAGAUGUGGUGAAGCUUUAAUUGAAAAUGGGACUUUAAUAGUUAAAGAAAACAUCGCCCCUGUUGAAGAUAUAUUUGAUGAAACUGAUAGUUCUGUUACUCGUACUGAUGCCAAAUUUAGAGAAUUAUUUGAAAGAGCUGGUUUUAAAUUGAUUGCUAGUGAUAUUCAAAAAGGCUUACCUAAAGAAUUAUACCCAGUUAGAAUGUAUUGUUUAAAGAGGAAAUAA